AUGAUUAUCUAUGUCAUCAGCAUAGCCACCCUCAUCAUCUGUCGGUUGCUGAGUCUCUUAAUUUCUGUCUGUCUCACCACAUUCAUCUCACUAACUCUCUCUUUAUCUCACUCUCUAGCUCAUUCUUAUUUUAUAUCAUGCUACUCUUCCUUUGUCUUGUCAUCUUCAUCUCGCCCUCUCAUUCAUUUCCCUCACCCUCUUUUUCAAUUCCUCUCACUCUCUCGCUCUCUCUAUCAACCCAUUCACUUCACACUUUAUCUCACUCCAUUCACCUCACUCGCUAUCUUACUUCAUUCAUCACCCCCUCCAUAUCACUCCAUUCAUCUCACCCACUCUGUCACUCCAUUCACCUCACCCUCUAUCUCAUUCACCACACCCAUCUGUCACUUCAUUCACCACACCCACUCUGUCACUUCAUUCACCACACCCACUCUGUCACUUCAUUCACUUCACCCACUCUGUCACUUCAUUCACUUCACCCACUCUGUCACUCCCUUUAUCUCACCCUCUAUCUCACUCCAUUCACUUCACCCUCUAUCUCACUCCAUUCACUUCACCCUCUAUCUCAGUCCAUUCACUUCACCCUCUAUCUCAGUCCAUUCACUUCACCCUCUAUCUCAGUCCAUUCACUUCACCCUCUAUCUCACUCCAUUCACUUCACCCUCUACCUCAGUCCAUUCACUUCACCCUCUACCUCAGUCCAUUCACUUCACCCUGUAUCUCAGUCCAUUCACCUCACCCUCUAUCUCACUCCAUUCACCUCACCCUGUAUCUCAGUCUAUUCACCUCACCCUCUAUCUCACUCCAUUCACUUCACCCUCUAUCUCACUCCAUUCACUUCACCCUCUAUCUCACUAUUCACCUCACCCGCUAUGUCACUCUAUUCAUCUCACCCACUAUCCCACUCCAUUCACCUCACCCACUAUCCCACUCCAUUCACCUCACCCACUAUCCCACUCCAUUCACCUCACCCACUAUCUCACUCCAUUCACCUCACCCACUAUCUCACUCCAUUCACCUCACCCUGUAUCUCAGUCCAUUCACCUCACCCUCUAUCUCAGUCCAUUCACCUCACCCUCUAUCUCACUCCAUUCACCUCACCCUCUAUCUCACUCCAUUCACUUCACCCUCUAUCUCACUAUUCACCUCACCCACUCUGUCACUCUAUUCAUCUCACUCUCUAUCCCACUCCAUUCACCUCACCCACUAUCUCACUCCAUUCACCUCACCCACUAUCUCACUCCAUUCACCUCACCCACUAUCUCACUAAUUCACCUCACCCACUCUAUCACUCUAUUCAUCUCACCUCUAUCCCAAUCCAUUCACCUCACCCACUAUCUCACAUCCAUUCACCUCACCCACUAUCUCACUCCAUUCACCUCACCCUCUAUCUCACUCCAUUCACCUCACCCUGUAUCUCACUCCAUUCACCUCACCCUCUAUCUCACUCCAUUCACUUCACCCUCUAUCUCACUAUUCACCUCACCCACUCUGUCACUCUAUUCAUCUCACUCUCUAUCCCACUCCAUUCACCUCACCCACUCUGUCACUCCAUUCACCUCACCCACUAUCUCACUCCAUUCACCUCACCCACUAUCUCACUCCAUUCACCUCACCCACUAUCUCACUCCAUUCACCUCACCCACUGUCUCACUCCAUUCACCUCACCCACUGUCUCACUCCAUUCACCUCACCCACUGUCUCACUCCAUUCACCUCACCCACUCUCACUCUAAUCAUCACACCCUCUCAUUCCAUUCACUUCACCCUCUUUUUCUCAUCCCAUUCCCCUCACCCUCUUUUUAUCCUACUCUAUUUAUCUUACUCCCUCUCAUCCCAUUCAUUUAUCUCUCUCUCUCUUUCUCUCACUUCAUUAUUUGCUCUUUCUUUCUCAUACUACCUUCACUUAACCCCCUCUCCCCUUGAGCCGCACUACUUCCAUUUAGAAAAAAAUCAUUAUUGUUAUUGCAGCCUCCUUCUUUCUGUCUCUUUGUGCUCUUUGGAACUGGAUCACUCCAAGUCAGAUGCAAAUGCUUUCCCCAGAUUUUCAUUCACUGUCAUUUUUCUUCCUUUCCUUUAUUCUUUUAUUAACUGUUCUUUUUCUAAAUGUUUCUUGUUGUUUUUUCAUUUAUUUUGUUGUUUUAUUUAUCUUUCUUUCUUUCUCUAUAUUUUCAUUUUUGUUUCUUCUUCAUCUUGCUUUCUUCUUUCUGUCAUAUUUCCCUUCACUCUCUCCUCCAUCCACUCUCAUUUUCUAAAUUCUAGUUGUCUUUCAUUUAAUCUUCCUUUUUUUCAUUCUCUUUCUCUUUGUCUUUUCUUCUGUUUGAGCUUCUUCAGCUUCUUCAUCUUCUUUUUCACUCUCUUCUUUCUUUAUGACCUUCUUUUUCCUUAUUGUUUCUUCCUUGUUUUCCCUUUCAUCUUCACUCACUUUUAUUCUUUUUCCCUCAGUUUCUUCAUUGACUUUACUAGACUUCUUUCUCUCUCUUUUUUUUCUUCUUUAUCCUUUCACCUUAUUCACUCCAACAGUAUUUUUCAUCCUUUAAAUAUUCUUCUCAUCUCAAUAAAGAACAAAAUAAAGCGAUCAUAG